UGAUACUGUUUUUGCUGGCGAUUGGAUCGAUUUUACAAGUUGGAAAGGUCUUUUCUCCCAAAUAUCAGUAAAUCUCAUUAGUUCAACGGAAUCUCAAGUUUUCCUUCGUCACAAACGCUUGAGUGGAAUUUACGAAAUCAGCGAUGUUGUGGUACAAAGUCUUCGUUAUCCGGCACAAGUGGCUAUUGUUUCUACGAUACACGAGCCAUUAAAAGACACGUUCAAGAUGUUACGAAGUUCCAAAUUUUGGAAUUUAGAAGCAAUCUUCUUUUUAAUUGAUGAGAAUCCAAAGAAUUCAUGCUUGAAUGUUCCACACACAUUUCUCGUGGCUUGGAGAUAUAAUAUUCUACACGCUAUUUAUAUAUGCUAUACUGCCAAUGAUGAAAUAUACUUCUACAAUUUCAAUCCUUAUAUGGAUUAUGCACCGAAACCGUGGAAAAAGGCAGAUGUUUUAAUAGAUGAAGAAAAAAAUCACACAAUAAUGAUUUAUCGAGUCUCCGCCAAUGAUAUACUAAUCUUAAAAGACUCGUACUGCGAAUUGUUGGAUUUUGAUAAAACUAGUUCUCUUGACAACUAUCCAAUAAAACUGUGCGGUUUACUCAAUCCUAUACUGCUAAACGACGUCAAAAAUUCAUCGCAUCGUACCAUUCAAACAAUCAAUGACUUUUCUGGCAUUGAUAGUGUGGUCGCUCAGUUAAUAUGGAGUAAACUUCAUACUACCCCUACGGUUAAAAUAUACCGAGAUAGUGGAUACAUAGAAAAUAACGUACCUCACGGAUUGGUUAAAAGAAUUAUUAAUGCAGAAUACGACAUGAUUGUCAAUGAAUUUUACUACAGAUCAUUUUGGCGGCUUGAAACAUAUCCCCACGGUAUUUCAGGAAUGUGCGCUUUAACCCGAAAACGGUAUCGUUCGUCAAAUAUUUCGACAUUGCUGUGGAUGUUCAAUCCGACUGUUAUUUCAAUUGUCAUACCAAUAAGUCUUCUGAUCGCGAUAAUGUUAAAAUAUUUAUCGAAAAUUGGAUUUGUGAACGCCUGUCUGAAGGUUUUAGGAAUGCUCGCCGGAAUAUCAAUAAAUUAUCCGAUUUCUGGUAUAAACAGGAUUAAUGUGGCAUAUCUUGUAUUUAUCAUGUUCGGAUUAAACGUAUACUUAGAAACCAGCCUGACAUCGUUCCUAGUUGCUCCUGAUGAUGUUUACAAUAUCGAUUCAAUGGAAGAUAUAGUUAAUUAUAAAUACGAAGUAUCAGGUAGACCUUUCGUUAAGGAAUUUCUCGUCGACGACAAUUUCACAGACGUUUAUAGUGAAAAUUAUUUUGACGAAUGCAUGGACAAAAUUCGCAUGGGCCACAAAGUGGCUUGCAUAAGAGACUGUUUAUCAGCUAUAUUUUACGAAAAAGAAUUCGACUUUAUACAUUUGUCCAAGCAAAGUGUAAAAGAUAUUCAUAUGACAUUUUUAUUUCGAGAAGAUUGGCCUCUACGCGUGCGAUUCAACGCAAUAGUCCAAAGGAUACGCGAAUCUGGCAUAAUAGCAUUCGUAAAAAAUAUUGAAGUAUUCAAAGCAUAUCCAGACCGACCACAAUACAAACAACAGAAUAGACUCGAUCGCACUGAUUCUCGAGAAGAAACACCAUUAAAUAUCAAAGUCAUGUCUUUUGCUUGGUAUAUAUUGGGCGCUGGAAUAACAUUAUCCUCUAUAAUAUUUUUGUUUGAAUUGUACAUAAUAAAAUGAAGUCUUAAAAUAUAGAAAGAUUCUUUUACAUUAUUCAAGACUCUGAAGUUACAAUUGCAAAGAUUUACAGCAAAUCCAUAAACGCAUCAGCUAAAAGGCAGAAAGUACUACGCUAGUAAAAAAUAAUGGCUUACUAGUGCUUGACCAAGAAUGUUGAUUCGAAAUCAAUCCGUUGUUUUAUUUUUAGCAAACAGUAGACUUGCUUACUUUUAGCAGCGUUGUACAAACCUGAAUUUCACUAUGAAUUAUAUUUUUCGAAAUAUACCUUACAUAUUAGGUAUUGCAAUCUUCAUAUUUAAUUUUAAUACAAGAUUGUUCAUCAAUGCAUUAGCAUAUAGUAAACUUCAUAUAAAAAAUAAUGAUGCAUUUAUAUCAACA